CCGGAUUGUAAUAGCAAAAAAAAGGGCGAGAUAAAAAGAAAAAUGGACCACGGCUAAUCGCAAACCCUUCCCUGCCGAUGGAAGAACAUAAACAAGUAGAGAGAGAGAGGAGACUUGCAUGAGGGCGACAAAUGCUGAAUCGGAAGGAGAACAGAUGUCCGUCCACCAUUAAUGGGCUUACGACACACUUCGGUCUCAGCAAUGGCGGACUCUCAGUCAGAGCCGUUACGCUCCAAACCUGCCAGAAAUCCCGAGCCUACACUCUCACUCUUCCGUUCGCAUCCUGUUUCGAUACUAUAUAAGAGGGUUAGGCUCUCUUGUUUCUGCUUCGUCCAAUCCGCCCUAAUUAAACCUGUUUGGUAAAAAUGGCCAUUGAAAUCGUUCGGAUCUGCGCUCAGCUUCUUCUUAAGGCGGUGAACUAUCUGAUAGGCUUCACCGGCCUUGCCAUCCUCGCGUACACUUACCGGAGAUACUCUCUCGCCAUGGAUAACAGAGGUAGCCCAGAUGAUGAUUCCAACCUUUGGUAAAUUUCUGCUGUCUUCCUGUGCACGAUGUUCUUGCAUUCCAGUGAAUAUUUUUUAGCUAAAUUUGGAGUUACUGUGGUGGAUUGGUGGUUUUGGGACUGUAUAUGUUUCCCGUAGUAAAAAAACACUGUAUUAUUUUGUGGAGUGAUUAAGGGAAUGUGAGGACAUCUUUACUGUAAUUUUCUCGGAUAGUGACUCUUUCUGGUGCAUAUGUGAACUAAGUCUUGAUUCCAUCAAUCAUGAUUUUAAAAUUACAAUCAUGCUGUGCUAAUGUUUCUGGUCAACUUCUUCUAUACUAUCAUUGCCUAUUAAACUCUUCUGUUGGUAUAUAUGCACAAGUUCUUAGUAAUGACUACCAAUCUUUACAUUUGUAUUCCAGGUUCUUAUACACCUCUGUUUGUGUUGGCAUAGCUUUCUGUUUUGUGGCUCGUGUAGGCCACGUUGGUGCAGUGACUACAAAUAAAACAUGUUUGGCCUCUUAUUGUGCUUUGAUGUUUUCCCUUAUCCUGACGGAAGUUCGCCUAUUCUUGAACGAAGACUGGAGAGAGGUAUUCAAAUUUAUUCUGCACUCUACAUAUGAAAUAGCACCUCAAUGUAUUAUAUCUUAACAAAAUUCUUGGUUGCUGGAUUCCAAUCCGUUUGGUUGAAUCAGAGUUCACCCAAGGACUGGACUGGAGGGGUUGAUGAGAUUAACACUUUCAUUGCAAAUAACAAUGAACUUUACUUUUGGGCAGGCUUUUUACUGACGUCUCACCAUGUAACUGUCUCUUUUCUCUAUCUGAUUCCAAACGGGCUUCGUUCCGUGUCUGAUUAGUCUUACAUGCACCAAAUAAUGUCUCAUUAUUGAGUUACUUGUAACUUCCUACUAUGCAAUUAUUUUUCGACGUGCAGUCAAUUUGUGCAAUUCUUGCACUGAUUCUCUAUGCCAUUGUUGAGUCCAUGGGCAACAAUGGCGAUGACCCAGUUCCAGAGAGAGCCCCACUCUUGCCAACUUAUAUUCGCAGUACGCCGUUCCGUUGGUAGCAUAGGUAAAUCUAAUUAUACCAAUGUAUCAUAUUUUAAAACUUGUUUGGGGCACCCUUCUUUUGGAAAUGAAAGUACAUCAAUUACAACUAUAAUUAGAUUCUUAUGUUAAAUUAUUAGCACUCUAUUCGUAUUUUAUUUUUGGGAUGAAUUGAAAUAAGCAUUAAAUUCAUCACUUCAGCCCAGUACAUUACAUGCAGGUUAUUCACUGACAAGUCUUGGCCUUUGAAUGCAUAUAUGGUAACUUGGACUUAUGUAUUGUUGGUUUUAUUAAAACCAAAGAUAAAUACAUAACUUUAAGAGGUUCAUAGCCGGGCAAGUGGAUAUGGCACAUCCACAUGAUAGGGUGUUUUAGCAUGCUUUUCCAAAACAAGUGUCUCCAAAACAAGUAUGUACAUCUAUCAUUUUUUACCAAUAGAAAAAUCAAUAGUUGUACCUUACGAAAAUGAAAAAGUUGUACGUUGUUGGAAAAUGAAUCUUUUUAUAGACGUGAGGAUGCGAGGCUGAAAUACUUUUCAACUUCUUGGAACAGUUCUAUUUAUUAAACACUGAAGUUUUUACUCUAAUUAUGUUGAGGAAAUUUCAUUCAUUCUGUCUCGGUUUAUUUUGCUUCUGUAUUUCUAAAAACACUUUAGGUUCGUUUGGGAUGAGGGAAAUGUGAAUGAAUGAAAGUAGGAAGGAUAGGUUUAGAGAAAUUUGGAAGGAAAGAAGAUGUAGUGGAAAUUAAAACAAUGUGUGAGGCUCACUAAAUUUAUAUUAAUUGUUUGAGUUUAUUUUGUUUAUGCUAUGAAUACUACACAACCUAAAAACAUAUGUAAAAUUUUCGAAAACAUCAAUCAAAUUCUAUUUUCCCUUAUGCAUUAUCUGAGGUAAAUUCUUCAUCACAAAAUAGUUAUUCAUACAUUUUCUUUCUUUUCCCUAUUUCCCGAGUCCAAAACAGUCUGUGUUUUUAUGGUAGAUCAAAAAUCACAAAACUACAUGGGGUGGGCAUCUUGUUAAUUAUCUUUUUGAAUGUUCAAGGAAACAUCCGGAAAGGAGACUGUACAAGAGGGGAGGAAGGCUUUGGAGAAGUGCUAUUUAAGAAAGCUCCAUGUUGAUCAGCUCAAGAACUUCAGCUGUGAAGCUAAACAAGUAACUCUGUCUGUGUAGUUGAAACACUUGUUGACGGCUAUUAUUCUGCCCAGACAAGUGCCUAUAGAAUGUAUAUCGAUUGAUGGUUGGAUUAAUACCCAAAUGGUUUUAGAUUACGUUUGUAUUAGAUGCUUAUAUUACUAGACUAAAUCCUGAGCCCUUGCCGCUGUAUUUAGUACCUUCAAAGAUGUUGAUAUUUAUAUUAUACAAAUGUUCAAGUUCUUUGGCUGUUCUUCAGCAUAAAAAAUCAUUUUACCGAA